AUUCAGUUCGCUCUUUCGCAAGUGAAAUUGUUCUGGCACGCAACAAGGACUUUAUUUAGUGUGCGAUACUAACAUUUAUCCCAGUUUAAUUAACUUUCUUUGCUGAACUUUUACCGAAGUCAAUAAUUUCUAGAACUACGUAAAAUCCAAUGCUGUGCUUUGGUUUGUGGAAAGUAGCCAAGGACUGACAUAGAUUUUCCCCAUCUACUUCCAACGUCAAAUGAGGAGAUUGUGUCACAACGUCCAUGAUGGAAAUAUUAUCAUUGACGUGUGAUAAUUAGUGCUGUGUACCUGGGUCGGGGGUGAAAUUUCCGCUAAUUUGCCGCUACAGCGAUGGUUAAAUGUAUUGUAUGUGCCAGAAUUAAUGUAAACAUCAAAUGUGGUGAAGUAAGAGUGAAUUUUUCGGGUUAGAUAGACGGUGCUGAACAGAGUCUUAAGCUAGAUUGUGGUGUUUAAUAAUGACAAGUCAAAGAACUCCGCCACAUAGUCCAAAGGCGCCGAAAAUUCAGCAGCAAUCAUGGGAUGAUUGCAAUACACCACCAAUAGACAUUUUUGAUCCAAAUCAUUCAUCAUCCCCUCAAUCGCCUUCCAUAACAUUCGAACCACCGCCAAAGAGUCCGAAGUCACCAAGGAAACUACCCACCAGCCCGGGAAUAGGAUGCAAAUUCGAUUAUCCUGACACAAAAAGCCCAACGGGGAAUGUGCACCGCUCGGUCUACAAUUCACCCCACUGCUCCAGCUAUAAUUACGAUGUGCCCCCAUCACCACGUGGACCCUCCAAGUCGCGCAAAUUCAUCUAUGAUGCCAUAAGCCCCAAGUACGACUGCACAAGCAGGAAAUUUGAUUUCUCUGCCGGACCCAUGUCAUUGGAGGAAACCAAUAUGAAUUGUUUCGAUGGGAGUAGUACGAGUAGCGGAGGAGGACCACAACCUCCAUCACCAUCAGGACACUAUCGUCGGUACAAUGGAACGCGGAGUAAGAAUUACCCUAUGCGAGUGUUUGAUGUAAAGGGUGGCGGAGAGAAUGGUACGAAUUUUAAGUACGACGUAAAGCGCCAUUCCGUUGUUACGGAAUCUACGCUAUCUGGAGAGUCUGAAAUUAGCACGGCUACUACGGCAUUCUGCAGUAGUAGUGAUCGUGGUCGUGGCAGUAGUAUAACUAAGAGCGAAAGUAGCGCCCUCACGGACGAUACUAGCGCCACCAGUAAGAUGGGAACGUCGGAAGCUACGGCGUCUCGGCACAAUUCGACAGAGGAUAAACAGCAAGCUCAACCUGAAACUCAUCAUCCUAGAAGAAGUACUUCAAAACGUCGUUACGCUAUCAAUAUCACCCCAAAUCCGGGAUAUCAGGCUAUCCAUAAAUCGCAUUUUAUGCUGGAUCGCACUUGUUCUGACAGUGUGGUCUCCCAGCGCUGUCGGAAGUCCACAAGCGACCUGACUGAUGCCUCUCUUGAAGCAGAAACUUCCGUGAGUUCCAUCCCAAGACGCCGAGGGAGUUCCAAGGGUGGUCUAGCUUACCUGGCCAGUCGCCGCAGCUCGAGAGAAUCUAUGAAAAGUGCCGUGUCAAAUUCAUCUAUCUUCUCUAACGAGGAUAUCGGUCCACUAGCAUUUCAAGCCACAAGUCGCGGAAGACAGAGACGCACAUCAAACUUUUUGGAGCUCCCUGUUCCGGAUCACAUCCGGCCAAGGGUGUGUUCAUUGCCGGAAAGACCGUACAAUCCUCGUCAGAGUGACGACCUGUAUCGUCUACGCACAUUUUCCAUCAGCAAGGGAACUGUUGUGAAUUGUGGGGAUUCCAUUAUCUCGAGGCGUUCUCGGAGUAACACCAGCGUUAAUUCAACGACCAGCAGAGCCAGUGAGAGGUCACCGUUUGAUGGUUCAUGCUGUGGAGGAGGAUAUUCGGUGGUUGACUCACUUCCACCCUCACCAACGGAUAGUGAACCUCCACCACCACCCAGGUAUCGCGUUGUGAUGCUUGGCGAUGCUGGAGUCGGGAAGACUGCCCUCGUGUCUCAGUUUAUGACAUCGGAGUAUAUGCACACAUAUGACGCGAGCUUGGAUGACGAAUUUGGAGAGAAAACUGUGAGUAUACUACUGGAUGGCGAAGAAUCCGAAAUGGUGUUCAUCGAUCAUCCAACUUCUGAAAUGAGUGUGGAGAAUUCUCUGUCGACUUAUGAGCCCCAUGGCUGUGUGGUUGUCUACUCAGUGGUUGCCCGUAGCUCCUUCCGAUGUGCUGAGGAAACUAUCAAUUACCUGUGGCGUGAGAAUGUCAUCAGAGAUAAAGCAGUGAUUCUCGUGGGAAACAAGGCGGAUUUGGCACGUUCCCGUGUUAUAACCACACAAGAGGGAAAAGCUCUGGCAGCUGCAAGAGAUGCAAAAUUCAUUGAAACUUCUAGUGGGAUUCAGCACAAUGUGGACGAAUUGCUUGUGGGGAUACUCAAACAGAUUCGUCUGAAGGAGACGCGCGACAAGAAGGCAGCUGUAUGUGCCACAAAAAUGCGCAAUUCUCGCACACACAUGUCCCUCCAUCUAGCCAAGGAGAUCCUCCAGAAAAUCUGCCUCAGUGAUAUUAGCAAAUCCAAGAGCUGUGAAAAUCUCCAUGUGUUAUAAAAGUCACGGAAGGUCGACCAUCAAUAGAGAGGAAUGAAACUGAAAGCCUGACAAUCAGCUGAAGUCCGAAUGACAAGACAAAAGGGAGAAGAUACAAAAACGAAAGGAUAUCAAAUUCAAUUAUCCACUAAAUACCCUGGAUGAAAACUAUUGAUCAAUUGACACAGAAAGUUACUAAAGCCAAACUAAAAUGAAACAGAUCUACAAUAUUUUUGGACACAGUCAAUUUAUUUAUAAUUUUUGCAAUUUCCCAAGUGCCUGGAACUAACCAAGAUUGUCAAGCUGCAACCUUAUGUGAGUAUGACAUCAAUGACUUUCAAUAUUAAUUAAUUUUAUGUGUAUAACUUUUUGUAGGGUGGUGGUAUUACUUAUUGCCUCUAAGAAUAUAUUGGAUAUUAAUACAAAAUUUUGAGAUAAUUCAAUUCUAUGAAUUCAG